AUGUCUGAUACCGAUCAACAAAAAUGGGACCAGCGAUAUACACAGCAGGUCCAGCGCGAAACGCCAAGCCCCGCGCCAUGGCUGGUGGAGAUGUUGCCAGAGUUGCCGGCAGGCACUGCACUGGAUCUGGCCUGCGGACGUGGUGGCAAUGCCAUUUAUCUGGCUGGACGUGGUUAUACAGUCGAUGCAAUCGACAUAUCGCCCGUGGGGCUGCAAUUGGCUCAGGAGGCAGCGCUUUCGGCCGGCGUGAAGGUGAACUUCUCCUGUCAGGACCUGUUGGCGGAUGUGCAGAUCAGCAACUGGCACUACGAUCUUAUCGUGAUGUACCACUUCAUGGCCCCCGCGCUGUUGGCGCGUCUGCACGAGGCAUUGCGACCGGGUGGUGUGCUGAUGGUGGAACAGCACAUGAGCGGUUUUCCCGGUGCUGCAGGUCCCGGCAGCGAUCGAUUUCGUAUUGCGCCGGGUGAACUUGCGCAGGCCGUGUGUGGUCUUGAAGUUGUUCGGGUGGAAGAAGGACUGUUCUCCCGGGGCGAAGCUGCACCCUUCGCCCUGUCUCGAUUACUCGCUCGACGGGCGGUAUAUCGAGAUGAGCAGAACCCUCUGGGUUACUACGAUCGCGAGCUGACGAAACAGAAGCGUGAUCAGAAGGAAGUUUUUGACUUUAAAGCCGGUGGCCAUCAGUCGAGUAAUCCGGUAUUGUGUGACAAGGGUUUUGGCGACCGCCAUACCAGUGCGGCAAGGCUGAACUACUAUCCCGCAGAAGAUCCCGUGCCUGCCGCCGAGCGCGCCGAUGUUUCAGCAUUAGGUGAUCUGGCGCUGCACCAUCAUACCGACCCAGGCGCCAUAACUCUGUUGUUGCAGGACGACCAUGGCGGGCUUCAGGCGCUGUCUAAAACGGACGGUUGGAUUAAUGUGCCGCCGCAGCCAGGAACCAUAGUUGUGAACGUCGGCGACGUUCUGCAGGUGUGGACAAACGACCGCUGCACCGCCGGUGUUCAUCGCGUUUUAUCGGUGGCCAGUUCGCGUGGACGUUACAGCACGCCAUUUUUCUAUCAACCCAGGGUAGAUGCGCUCGUUGAACCCUGGCUGGCAGCGGAUGAGACACCCCACUACAACAGUUUUUCAUGGCGGGAUUAUAUUCGUGGGCGGGUAACCGACAAUUUUGCAGAUUACGGUGAAAGCGACAUCCAGAUUGACCGCUACCGCAUAGCCGCUGAAGCUCAGUCAUACGAUGAAGCGCCGAAUUACAAAUCCUACACACCGCAAUCGGGUGAUGUUUUCAUCAGCAGCUGGGCGAAGAGUGGCACAACUUUGUUGCAGCAGAUGUUUCACCAGCUGCGCACCGGUGGAGAUAUGGAUUUUGACGACAUCAGUCGGAUGACGCCCUGGGAAGACACUGCCCUGAUGCUCGACUUCGACAUGACUGUGCAGCAGGUGGCUUCGCCAAGAGGAUUUAAAUCACAUCGUGAUUAUCAGAGGCUUCCACCAGGCAUGCGUUAUAUCGUUAGCCUGCGCGACCCGAAAGAGACCUAUGUGUCCUUCUAUCGCUUUAUGGAUGGCUGGCAAAUUGAGCCGGGCGCUAUCCCGAUGGAAGAUUUUCUACCGAUCUGGAUGUCGGGCGGUCCGGGCGGCUGUGACUAUGUCACCCACCUGCUGAGCUGGUAUGCGCGCCGCAACGAAGCGGAUACUUUGCUCGCGAGCUAUCAAUGGGUGGUUAAGAACCGCGCGGAGAUGAUCCGCCGGAUGGCAGAGUUAUGCGGCAUAGAGCUGACGCCGGAAUUGGCCGACCUGGUACUGCAUCGCACCUCCCGCGAAUACAUGGUUGAGCACAAAGAUAAAUUUGAUGAUGCAAUGGUCAGCGCUGCCUUAGAGCGCAAGCACGGCAUCCCUGCAGACAGUGACUCCAGCAAAGUCCAGGCGCAAGGCAGCGAUGCCAAGGUGCUGCCCGACAGCGUUGCCCAAGCCAUAGAUGCAAUGUGGGCAGACCAGGUGGCCCCUGUGACAGGUCAUGCUGACUUUGCAUCGCUGGCGCGCAGCAUUGACGAACGAGGCUAG